CCCAUACAUGGUUUAAAUCUCGAUCACUUCCGAGGGAAGGACGUACUUUUCUUCGACUUUCUUAUGAGAUUUGUCAGUCUGUUGUGGUUUUGCUUCUCUAACUCCCAUGCUCUGAUUAGAACUAUGCGACUUUGUACACAUUUCAUCGUUAUAGUUUUAUAAUAUCAUCGAACGGUUUCUGGCUUUAAAUUACAUCAUCAUGGUUAUACAGUAAUCCGCUGAUCAGUGUCCAACAAUGAUUACAAUGAGGUGGAGGAAGAUUUACAUAAUUGGUGCUGCAUUGUUUCUUUGCUGGAACAUUGUCAUGUACUAUGUUUUUAUUAACAGUAAGCAAACUAAAGGGACACUGACCAGGUUGUCAAAGAAGUUGUCAAAUUUACAAGAUCAAAUCCAUCAACAAAUUCAAGAAAAUGACGAGCUAUUAGAAGAUAUAAAGAGACAGAAAGAUAUUUUUAUUAAAAAACAAAAAUCCCUUGGUAUUUCUUUUGAUUUUAAAAGCAAAGAAGAGGCUGAGCCACCUGCUGUUGCUCAUCAUAGUGGUGUUGUCAUACCAGUCUUAGUUAUAGCAUGUAAUCGACCUACAGUUAGAAAAUGUAUUGAUUUAUUGAUCAAAUACCGACCAUCUAAAGAACAAUUCCCCAUUAUUGUAAGUCAAGACUGUGAUCAUGAAGAAACUGCUAAAGUUAUACAGUCAUAUGGAGAUCAACUCACACACAUACAGCAACCUGAUCAAAGCAAUAUUUACCUUCCUCCAAAAGAGGUGAAAUAUCAGGGUUAUUAUCGCAUAUCAAGACAUUACAAAUGGGCUUUAGGACAAGUAUUCAAUCAAUUUAGAUACAAUAGUGUUAUAAUAGUUGAAGAUGACUUAGAUGUAGCUGUGGAUUUUUUUGAAUAUUUUCUUGCUUCAUAUUCAAUUUUAAUACGUGAUCCAACACUCUAUUGUGUGUCUGCCUGGAAUGACAAUGGCAAAGAGAAGCUUAUAUCACAACAAAGCGAUUUACUAUAUAGAACAGAUUUUUUUCCCGGUUUGGGUUGGAUGAUGACUCAAAAUAUGUGGAGUGAAUUGGAACCAAAAUGGCCCAAUGGUUUCUGGGAUGAUUGGAUUCGAGAACCAGAACAAAGGAAAGGUAGAUCUUGUAUUAGGCCUGAAAUAUCUAGAACUGAUACUUUUGGUAAAGUUGGAGUUAGCAAGGGACUGUUUUUUGAACAGCAUCUCAAGUUUAUUAGAUUAAAUACAGAUUUUGUGGAGUUUACAAAAAUGGAUCUCAGUUACCUCAUCAAAGAAAAUUAUGACCCAAAGUUUUUAAAACUUGUUUACGAGACUCCCAGCAUUACAGUAAAUCAGCUGACACGUGAGAAUGGCCGAGGAUUACAUACUGUUAGAAUUCAGUACUCUGAUAAUAAUUCUUUUAAAAGCAUUGCCAAAGUGUUAGGAAUUAUGGUUGAUUUCAAGGCUGGAGUCCCAAGAACAGGCUAUCUUGGUAUUAUUACUUUUAUGUACAAUAAUAUUAGAGUUUACCUGGCACCUGCACAGAGCUGGACAGGAUAUGAUCCAACCUGGAGUUAACAUUAAAUUUAUAAUCAAAAAUUUCUUUGCAAUAAAAAUUAAUGAUUAUUUUUGUAAAAAAUUGUAGUUAAAAAAAUCUGUAAAAAAUCAAACUUAUUUUUAGAUUACUGAAUUUUGCAAUAAAGUGCAGUUACAAUUAUCUAUUUUUUUUUAAUUAAUAAGUAACAUCAGUAAUCAGUUG